AUGAAAAGCGGGCCUCUCUGGACUCACAUCAUCUCGGCUAUGUUCGGGCCCGGGCAAUUGGUCUCCGCGUUUGUGCCCGCUGUUUUCCAUUCACCCGCAGCUCCGUUUUUCCCGGGCUUCCCGGCCCGGCAGAUAUUCAUCCCGGCGGGGCCCUACGUCAACUUCGAGUCACUCAGGAGUUACCUGCGGCCAGAGCCAUGCAAGGAGGCGCUACUGCUGGCCACGCAGGCCAUUGGCAUGACUCCACUGGGGGAUGGUGCGGACGAGCAGAGGCCUGUGAAGCAGCGUCGCGCCCGCGCCAACUACAGCAGCUGGCAGCUGGAGGAGCUGGAAAAGGCAUUUGAGAGUACCCACUACCCGGAUGUGUUCAUGAGGGAGGCCCUGGCCCUGAGACUGGACCUCAUUGAAGCCAGAGUGCAGGUUUGGUUCCAAAACCGGCGUGCCAAGAUGAGGCGUCAGCUGAAAGUUCAGGGCCAGCGUGCGUGCCCUCAGACCAAAGCUAGACACAAAGCCAUGACAGAUAAAACAACCCAUCGUUUAAAACAACACACGGACUCUUCUGACAGCGAGCUGCAUCUGAGAGCGCAACAAGAUGAUGACAACUAUCCGUGGUCAAAAGCCAGCAUUGCUGCGGCAGGUCAGAGCUCGGAGCGGCUGCGCUCCAACAGCAUCGCCAAUUUGAGGGCCAAAGCCAGGGAGCACCAAGCUGAGAUAAACGGCGCCAUUAACAUGUUGGAGGGCGUCGCGCCAUCCCAAACGCAAGAAGUGGACGGCCUCUAUGGUGUCGAUUGAUCACGUUCCUGCUUAUUGUUUUUAAUUGUUUCUGAGAAAAACAAGUUCAAAAAAGACUUUUGGAGGAUUUUUCCCCCCAUAAUUUGGUUAAGUGUGUAAUGCUUAUUUCCUGCGCCAAUUAAAACGUAUAUACCCUACCCACCGACGUCACAAAACCACGUGCUCGCAGUGUGGUUCCGCCAACUUGUCCGUCAUUUUGUCUCUGUAUUAGCAUUGUUUUCAAUUGAUCGAGGAAUUUAAAAUGCAUUUCAUGGAAGACCCGGUGCUUUCUGAUGCCGUAAACUCACUGGAUGUGUUGCAUAAAAGGCGUUAUGUGGAAAAGCUUCGUUCUAUACAGUCGCCAGAUCCAUAUUUGAUGCCCAAAUCGAUGUUUUUCGACCCACUGUCUUCGCCCUGUCUGCCUGACAUGUGCUACGCUGAUAUUUACAAUUAUCUUGUCCACACAAAAUCAGCCUAUUCCCACGAAAAUUUGAAAAACUUCAAGAGCUUGGAGGCUUAUAAAUACUUCGUUGCUGGUUGGGUGAAACAGGUCCUCGUCCACGAAAAUUCGGCAGCAAUCUAUCUUGUGCUUGGAAAGGUGAGUUACGAAAUUUUCAAUUCAAAAUCUUUUGUUAUCGCUAACAUCCACUGUCAAGUCUAAUGUAUUUCAUGUCGUUUGUCAAUGGAGUUAAGGCUUUUAAUGUUCAUAUGGUUUAGCGAUAGCACUCUCACUACAUACAUACGUGUAUGUUGUCGGCGAUUAGCCUAGCAAUGAUCUUAAUUGUGGUUAUUUGUCAGCCCCGUAGACGAGGCCAGUUUCUUUCACUUGGUACCAGCUAAAUAUUAUUCAAAAAAUAACGAUGGUGGAAGAAAGGGAAGUCACAAACAUCUUGAAUUUGAAACUAUGUCGUACUACGUCGUAUGUUGUCGGCGAUUAGCCUCGCAAUGAUCUUAAUUGUGGUUAUUUGUCAGCCCAAAACCCUCUAAGUAUAUCUUAAAUGCAUCUUACCGGAUAUAAAAUGACUACUACAUAGUCUGUGGUGAUUUUUUGGUGCCCAGUUUUCACGUUGAAUUGCAGCCGUCCAUUUUGCUCUCCUCUUUGGAUCCCUCGGAAUACGGUAAAACUUCAAGUCUCUCCUUCCAUCUUCUCUGUUAGUGCAACCAACAGCCACACACGCCUUCACCAUUUUGAUUAUUAAUGUUAAGGAGCAGAAAAACACGCCGUAAAUAGGAGAAAUGUACGUAGCCGUAACAGGUUAACACUAUGUUUUGACGGACAAGUGGGCGGUACCAUUCAGGAGAGCGGAGUUGUGACGUCACGUGGGUAGGGUCUAUACUUGAGUGUCAAAAAUCAAAGGGGUUAACUGCCAGAGCCCUCUCUUGAAGGCAUCUGGAGAGAGGUUUCCCCAGCUUGCAUAGCACCCAACACGAACACGUGGCUGACGACAUGAUGUAAAAAAAAAAAAAAAUUCUCCUCACUUUACCUUCAUGACCAAGUGUAACAAAACACUGCACCCUACUGGACAAUCUCAUCGGCAGUCACUUAACAGUUUUGAUGCUCCUGAGUUAGUAAAACAAAUGUAAAUUUGACAAAUUAUUAUAAUGUGAUGUUUUUUUUAA